AUGAGCGCCACCCGUGACCCUGCGCUUCACGGCAUCAAGUUUCGGUCCCGAUCAAUGAGGAUCACUGGGGGUCGUCGCGUAUCGUUGCGUCGCUGUAAUUCGCUCGGCCACCUCAGAAAACCCUUUGUGCAGUGGAAAUGUGGAACCAGGCUUAACCGGAAUAGAAAUGACCGUUUGACUAGUCCGCAUCCAUUCUUGAGAAAAAUCUUCUGGCUACUCGUCGGGGAGGCCUGUGCAUUUUAUAUAUUACUAUACGCUCGCCGAAGAGUAAUCAUUUCCGGCGAGCUGGUAAUUCUCGAUGUACCCCUCGUCCAGUAUAAUUUUUUGCUCGGCAAGCUGGCGCCUGUUGUAGCAGCUCGUCGAAAAUGA